UAUGGCGGAAGCCUGGAAGUAAUUGGAUUUUAUGGCGGUAACAGUCGCUUUAGAGUCAAUCUAGAAGCUUAUGUUCAUUAAUAUAAAUUUUUUUUUAAGAAAAUGGGUUCGCUUGGCCGCGCGCAGAUCGGAAUUUCGACGUUUUUUCCUUCUCCGCAUCCAACAGAUCAGUGCGGUACAAAUGGACUACCACUUACUCCAAAUUCCAUCGUAAUAAUUGGUCGGUUUCAGCGAUUGAAAACUCUUUACCAUCAAAAUGUGUGUCAGUAUCUGGAUAUCAUCAGAGCCAAACAUGAAAGGCUCAUAGUUGCUGAGGAGUUCUAUUCUGAAAAUUUACAGCUUGCUUUGAAAAAUGGUAAAAAAUUUAGUUAUACUGAUAUUAAAACAAUUGCAUUUCAAGUUGUUCAAGGCCUUUCCUUUCUCAAUGCACAUGGCAUUGUCAAUAGGAAUUUGUCUCCUGUGAACAUAGUAUUUACUCCAAAGGGUGGAGUCAAAUUAUCCAGAAGUUGUUUAUAUCACAUGACUGGUUCUGGGGCUCGAGUUGCAUUUCCAAUUGGUUCUCCAGUAUUCAUGGCUCCUGAGGUGGUUUUAACAGGCCAAGGCCUCUCACCUGUAUUUGGACCAUCAGGACCAAAGGUUGAUGUUUGGUCUUUGGGGAUGGUUUUGAUUUACCUGAUAUUGGAAGGGUCUUUGUGGGCAAGUGAAUCUGAAAACAACCAUGUACAAAAGAUUUUCUUGAAAGUUCUCUCUCUUGUAAAAGGUGUUCAAGAUUCUUCAAUUGAUGUUCUUAAACUUCUCUUUGAUGACAACCAUGCUCUGGAAAAACUCCAGGAAAUUCCUUCAGAUCUGGCUUCUUUUCUAAGAAUUUGCCUGACAGUGGAUGUUGCCAAAAGGCCUAUCCCAUGUGAGUUACUGAAUCAUGAAGUGUUUGCCAACUUUGAUAAAGCAAAGGUGAAACUAACCAAUGGAUUUCAAAAAUUUCCUGCUGAAUUCAACUUAAAAGAACUUCCUGUUGGUGAUUUUCAAAAUGAUGAUUUAUUGCAAG